AAAGCAUAAAGUCUUGUAAAUUUGAAAUUAAAUAAAUUUAAUUAAAUUUUUAUAGCAUUUAAAUUAUUUGUUAAAAUUUAAGAAAUAUUAUGAAAAAAAUUAAGAAAACCCUAGUUUUUUGUAUACUAUUAAAAUUAUUGUUAAUAAACGCUCAAAACUAUCAAGUUUUAAGAAUAAACCAUCAUGUACUUCCAGCAGAUACUGUAGUUCGUAGAGUUAUGAGACCACUUUCACUGCCAUUUAAACGACAUGAUGUUGUAGAAGAAUUUUCAUCAAGAGUUCCACGUUUUGUUAGUCAGUUUCGUAUGCCAUAUUAUAAUUUUCAUGGUAACAAUAAUUAUAAAGUUGAUGCAUCAAAUUAUUUUCCGCAAGGAAUUAUGAAAGAUCAUAGUUUUGAUUGCGCUUUCCGUUAUAAUGAAAACUAUAAAUCACCACAGACACCAAAUGCUUGGAAUUUAAUAAAUGUUAACGAUGUUGGUAAUGGAAAUCGGUUUUGUUUAAGAUUAAAUCCGCCAAAACGAUCAAUUGAUGUUGAAAGAACUAAUGCAGGUCAAACAUCAAAAAUGAGUGUUCCUUGUCCUGAGGUUUUUGAUGGAGAUUGGCAUGAUGUGAAGUAUAAUUUGAAAAAUAAUCGGGUAUCAUUGUUUGUUGAUUGUCAAAAUAAGGAGGUUGGAGAAAGUGUGCCCACCGAGAGUUCUGAUAAUGAUCCAUUUGGUACUGGAAUUGGUUUAACACUUGUACAAAGUAGUGUUCCUAAAAAUGUCGACAUAAUGAAAAUGGUUUUCAAUUCGCUCCCUAUGAAAAUACCUCAUGGUAUCAAAUGCCCCGAAUUAGAAAAAAUGGGUAAACCUAUUAAGCGAAUGCCUCAACCAAGUCCAUUGCCUCAGAUACCACCUAAUCAAGAGCCACUGGAACCUAAUCAACCGCCAAUGCCACAUCCACCGCCACCAUAUCCAAACUCUGACCCGUUCGAGUCAGCACCACCUUCCACACAACCUAAUCAACCACCAAUGCCACAUCCACCAUCGCAAUAUCCAACCCAUGAUCCGUUCGAUUUAGCACCACCUCCUCCACAACCUCCAUUUAAUGAAAAUUUUGGUCCCGUGACAUCACCUAAUCCACCAAUUUCACCAAUAACUGAUGAAGCAGAUGACAUGAUGGCAAAUUCUUCACCAAAUCCUAUCAAUCAUCCAAAUCAACCUGAUAGUUGUAGACCGAUUUCAUCAAGCAGUAAUUGUGAAAAUAAUCCCGAACAGUGUGUAUGUAAUGUAAGCGAUGAGAUAAUAAAUUCUCUUAGACAAAACAUUCUGAAUGAAAUCAAGAAAGAAUUACCCAAUCCAAAUGAAUGUCCUGCAGCGUGCUCGUUUAACAAUCCUCUCUCUGGAGCACCUGGAGUUCCAGGACCACCAGGAAGGGAAGGUAUUCCUGGAAUUCCAGGAAUGAAAGGAGAAAAAGGUGAUCCAGGAUUUGCUGGUCCACCAGGCAAUAAGGGCGAUGCAGGAAUGCCUGGAGCUCCGGGUAUGGAUGGAAAACCUGGAUCAUCCGGAUUACAACCCGCUGGAAUAGAUAUUGAUCAACUUAAAAUGGAUAUUGUGGAUGAAGUGAUAUCGUAUGUUGAACAGUAUAUAGAGACAAGGUUGAGCUUUGAUUUUCCGUCAGAUGAAGAGUCCCCUUCAAAAUCUGGUGCACCGCCUAGUUUUGUUCCGCCACCUAAUUCUGCUCCACCACCGAAUAAAUAUGGUAAUCCAUCAGGUCCUUCAUUUGCAAGUAGAAGUGCUCCCGAUCAAAACGAACCUGAUAUGCCAGAAAAUAAUAUAAAUGAAAACAAAAUUCCAAAUAAGCCAGAGAAGUCAUCGAAUAAGCCUUCGAACGAUCCAGAGAUGAACUCAGAAAAUCCUCCCAAUACGAGUAAUCCAGAAAAUCCACAAAAUAAACCUCAAAAUCCAAAACCUCCAAAUGAAAAACCAGAUAUGAAAAAUCCAAAGAAGCCUGAGAAAACAUCCGAUAAUCCUGAUGAGAUGGAGAGCCCAUCUAAAGAAAAAGAUCCCCAAAAACCAAAAUCGCCAAAAAAUAAAAACCCUGAGGAACCUGCAGACUCGAAAGAAGAUAGUCCUGAAAAAAAUGAAGAUAUGAAAGAAAAACCGAAUGAACCGAAAAAUCCAAACCCUUCAAAAAAACCAAAAGAUGAGAUGGAUAAAUCUGAGGAACCUGAAGACUCGAAAGAAGACAGUCCUGAAAAUAAUAAAGACAUGAAAGAAAAACCGAAUGAACCGAAAAAUCCAAACUCCCCGAAGAAACCGAAAGAUGGAAAAGAGAAACCAGAUUCGAAGGAAAAGUCUUCGCCAGAAAAAGAAGAUCCAGAUGAAGAAAAUCCUCCAGACGAAGAAAAUCCUCCAAAAGAAGACUCACCUCCGAAAAUGAACAAGCAAAAGAAACCACAAAAAACUCCGCCAAAGAAACAGGGUUACAACUCUGAUAUAACGUAUUACAAUUUUAAUGGCAAUAAUAACUUCAAAGUUGAUGCUACAAAUUAUUUCUCUCACGGAAUAAUGGUAGAUCACAGUUUCGAAAUUAUUUUUCGUGUUAUCGAAAACAAGCUAAAUGCGUCAUCACUAAAUAAUUGGAACUUGAUAAAUCUUAAUGUCCUCUCCAACGAAAAUUUUUUUAUUUUGAAAAUAGCUCCAAAUAAAAAAUCAACUCAAGUUCAAAUAUCCCAAAAAGUACGUAUACGAACAAUAACCUAUUCUACUCCUGAGAUCUUUGAUGGUGAAUGGCAUGAUGUAAAAUAUAUUGUAAAAAAUGGUUAUAUAUUUUUGUUUAUUGAUUGUCAAAGUAAGCAACAAGAGGGUACACCUCUUUCGGACAUCCAGCAGAAAUACUUCCCAAGUAGUAAAAUUACCUUAACAGUUGUGGAUAGUAGUACCCCUAAAAAUGUUGACAUAAUGAAAAUGGUUUACAAUUCCAUUCCGUUGGAUGCACCUCAGGAGAUUAAAUGUCCCGAAUUAGAGAACAUAAGAAAUUUUCAUAUUCCAUUUUUUGAAGAAGUCCUAUCUUCAUCACCGGCUGCACCUAAUGAACACACUCCGCAACAAUGUAUUUGUAAUAUGAAUGAUAAAGCUUUAAACUUUCUCAAACAAAGCAUAUUGGAGGAACUAAUAAAAGAAUUGUCAAACCCUCAUCGUGAUUCCCAUUUGUUUCCUUUAUAUAAUGCCAUCGCCGGAACCCCAGGCACACCGGGAAAAGAUGGUGCACCUGGAAUUCAAGGGAUUAAAGGGGAGAAAGGUGACUCAGGUUUAGCUGGAUUAUCAGGUUCGAAAGGUGCGCCUGGAGUAAAAGGAGAGAAAGGAGAAAUUGGUAAAACUGGAACUCCAGGGAUUAAAGGCGAUAUAGGGAAGCAAGGCAUUCCUGGGAUAGAAGGAAAACAAGGCAUUUCUGGGCUAAAAGGUGAAAAAGGAAAUCAAGGCCCUGUUGGACCACCCGGAUUUAAGGGCGAUAAAGGGCGAUCAGAUACUCCUGGAAUGAAAGGAGACAAAGGUGACGUAGGACUUACUGGUCCACCAGGCUCUAGAGGAGAUAAGGGUGAUUUUGGAAUGAAAGGGGACAAAGGUGAAAUUGGUGAAAUUGGCCCACCGGGAAACGAAGGCGAUACGGGAAAAGAAGGUGUUCCUGGCAUACAAGGACAGAAAGGUGAAACUGGGAAAGAAGGUAUUUCUGGAUUGAAAGGCGAAAAAGGAAACCCAGGUCUUUCUGGAUCUAAAGGUGAGGAGGGAAAGCCCGGAAUUCCAGGAUUGAAAGGAGAUAAAGGUGAUUUAGGGUUGACUGGUUCACCAGGCACUAGAGGAGAUAAGGAGGUACCUGGAAUAAAAGGCGACAAAGGUGAAACUGGUGAAAUCGGGGCACCGGGAAAGCAAGGUGUUCCUGGUUUAGAAGGAAAGAAGGGUGAAAUUGGGAAGGAAGGUAUUUCUGGAUUAAAAGGUGAAAAAGGAGAUCCGGGUCUUUUUGGACUACCUGGAUUUAAGGGUAAUGAAGGAAAACCGGGAAUUUCGGGAAUGAAAGGAGAAAAAGGUGAUGUAGGGCCCACUGGACCACCCGGUUCUAAAGGUAAUAAAGGUGCUCCUGGAAUAAAAGGGGAAAAAGGCGAUAUCGGUAGAACUGGGCUUCAGGGUAGUAUUGAUGAUACGGGAGAGCAAGGAAUUCCAGGAAUAAAAGGAGAAAAAGGUAUUGCUGGCAUAGUCGGCGCACCAGGAAUCCCUGGAAUGAAAGGAGAAAGGGAUGAUAUAGGUCCGGGUAGUACUCCCUGGCCUGAAGGCAAUAUAGGAAAAGAAAAUGAUGCGUAAUCAAAAUGAGCAUUAUUGAAAAGAUUAAUCUUCAUAUUUUGGAUGAUUUACUAAGUAAAUAAGUGUUUUAUAUAAAAUUUUUUAAAAGA